AACAAUCGGAGACUGGCGGUGUUAUUCAAUUGAUUGAUUGACUAAUAUCAAAAAAACUAACUUGGCAGUGUUAUGUGAUGAAGAUCUUGUCGGAGGUGAUCCCAUAAGAUGCGCUAAGAGUGUUUUAGAGCUACUAUUCGAUGAACAACAACUGCUAAUUGUCUAUCGUAUGGCAAUGGAGAUAGACGCCGCACUCGCAGGGGAUGAUGAUAUUCAACAUCCUCCUCCCCAACUACCGUACCAAACCUUACCACUUCAGGGCCCCAACAAUCAUGCGCAUCGAGUAAUGCCACUCCAUCCACUCAACUACGUGACCGCAACUCAACCUCCGGGUUUUGCUUCUCAGCCAUUAAACCCAAUCUCUCCAGACCAUUCCUCUGAUAUAUUUAGAGGUGGCAGUCUAGACAUCGAGAGAGGAAGAGGUCUCCCACGUCUACCAACUGCUUGGGGUGAAACGAGUGAUGACGACGAGGACUUCUAGGAUGGUAAGCAUGAUGACCCACUUCCUCCUCAACCCCAGCCGAGACCAACGCAAGGUCUUUUAUCACUACCGCAGCCCGCUAGGCCAUAUCAGAUGCCAGCUAGAGCAACCGUUACGCUUCUUAGCGAUGGAGACAGCUCCGGUUCACAAACUGGCUCGUCUGAUGGACUCAUUGCGGAUAGCACUCACAUCAGGACACCCCCGCUGUUAGGGAUUCCGGUUCUUUCACCUGGUCGACCUUUUGGUAGAGGAACAUUUGAACAAGGAAUUUUGCACAUUUCCAAUCAAUCCAUUAUUUCCAAUAUAUAAUUACGCGUAAAUGUUCCUUAUCAUUCAAUAUUUUUUCCGCAGGUGGCACGUCCAAUGCGCCCGCUGUACCGAAAAGAAACCUGCUUCAGUAUUUCAUGCAAGGAAGUGGUAGUGGCAGUGUUCCUUCACUUGAUCUGCGUUUGGGACUCGGUACUGACAACAACAAUGGAUCGGGGAGUAGUUAGGUCGACUUAGGGGACUCAUCUUCUGACACCGACGGGAAUGAUGAUGGGUUUGGUCCGACUCAAUAGAUUUGGAGCUAAUGUUUGCAUGUUUUACUAUGAGGAAUCUAGGGUUAUAUCUAUGUUUGCAUGUUUACUUUAUUUGCGGCAGAGAAUCCGGUUUUUUUUUCAAUAUGUCCUUUGUCAUAACCGGAUUGAACUCUUUUAAACCGGAUAGCUAUGUUGUACCUUUUUUAUGUCUUGAGUUUCCG